AUGAGAACGACGAUGAAAAACGAAGUAGACGCAUUCUUAAAGAAACUUUCAUACGGCGCCAUAGCCAUAGCUUCACUAACACUCUUCUCUCUCUUCCUCCGAACCCCAGACACCUGCGUCCCCCCAGAAGCCCCACCCAAGCCCCACCUCCGCUUCCCCAAAUCCUCCUGCGACUUCUCCUCCACCCGCCCUCACCUCUCCUCCGACAAGAAAAACGACCGUCUCUGGUCCUCCCGCGACUGGAACAACAAACUCCACUCCAUCUCCCUCAUCUUCCUCCCAAUUCGCGAUCUAGGUCUUCUCCCUAACCACUCCAAAAUCCUCUGCAUAUCCGCCGGUGCCGGUCACGAAGUGGCCGCGUUACAGCGACUCGGUGUCGAUGAUGUUACCGGAGUUGAGCUUUUUGACUCUCAGCCUCUCGUGAGCCGUGCUGAUCCGCAUAAUUUGCCGUUCUUUGACGGUGCUUUUGAUUUUGGAUUCACUGCGAGGUUUGACGAGGCGCUGUUUCCGGCGAGAUUCGCGGCUGAGAUGGAGCGGGUCGUUAGGCCUGGUGGUGUUUGUUUUGUUCUUGUUGGGGAGUGUGGGUCCCAUGAGGUUAGAGAUGUUGUUCGUUUGUUUAGGAAUUCUAGGUUUGUUACUUCUAGUAAUGUUACUUUUAUUGGAAUUAGAAUGACAAGUAUUCUUUUGAGAACUAGAAAAUCUUCUUAA